GUUGUUAUACGGUCAAAAAGACAGUAAAACUAUUCAAAAUGGCGGACGAGCCAGUGAAGAAGAAAAGACGUUCAAAAUGGGACCAACCGGCGGCCCCUCCUGAUGACACCAACUCAUCCGCCUCCACUAGUGACAAGGUUGAUCCUAGUGUGUCUGCCGCCUGUGCUGCUGCCCGUAUUAAUGCAAUGUUGGAGGCCAAGGGGAAAAUCAAUAAGAUGGCUUUAGAUGUUAGCACUAGUAAUGUGGGUGUGUCUAAAGAAGUUCCACCAGCGGAAAUAGAAAUAAAUGACUCGGAAGCAAGGGGUAUUUUGACAAAGGGUCCUACAUUGAGUGAAAUUUCAAGAGGAACUGGAGCAGCUGUUUCUGUUAGAGGACGAUACAUGACACCAGCUGAGAAAGCCAACAGUACAACAGAUGAUCGUCCACUUUAUCUAUCUGUACAAGCACCUAAUCAGUCAUUUAUUAAUGCUGCAGUACAGAAGAUUAGGAAUAUCAUGUACCAGAGUGAAUGUGGCAGCCCCAAUAAUUUAUUAGCUACUAAACCACACCUACCAAUUAAACCGACCAGUAGCAUUCCCCCUACUAGUGUGCAUCACUACAUUCAGGAUAAAGUGUUCAUUGGUUUAGAUGAUGUUGAUAACUCGUUUGGACUAUUGGACAGACUCCAGGGACCAGAUGGAUCCUAUUUAAGUCACAUAGCUAGCACUACCGGAGCUAAAGUGUUUUUGAGAGGGAAAGGAUCCAAGUAUAUUGAACCAACGUCAGGGAAAGAAUCCUUUGAAGCUCUUUAUUUAUUUAUUAGUCAUCCUAGUUCUGAUGGAGUGAUGUCCGCUAGAAAACUUUGUGAAAACCUUAUUGAACAUGUCAAGUCGGAUUAUGAUGGUUUUAUGAUGUCGAAAAUUCGAAAUCCAUACAAUCAACCACACCCACAAGCUCACCUCUACCCACCUCAUGGUUAUGCCCCGCCCCCUCACCCACCGCCCACACAUCCUAAUUAUCAUCCGGUUCCUCCUCCACAUCAUCACGGACAUUUUAUGGAGCAUUACAAUCCAUCAAUUCCAGGCCCUCAGCCCCGCCCAUUAUUAAUGCCGCAGUUGGCUCCACCCACUUCCUUUGUCUCACCCCCUCAGGCUAUAGCACACACCCCCAAUCAUUUUCCGCAGGUUGUUCCUGAUAAUUAUAUUCACGAGCCACUCCCACCUCAUUAUUACGGGGGCGGUCCUUGUCAGCCAUUAAUGGGCGGUACCCUACCCUCGUCUCAUGCCCCUCCCCCUCCUCCUCAUUUAGUAGAUCCUUAUCAAGCUCCGCCUACUCACGGGGCCCCACCCACUUAUGUAGCUCCAGCUCCAACCUCAAUAAAUGAUGAUAAAGAUGUUUUGUCGAAGGGGGUGGAGCAUUUAGCUUACCAUCAAUUACCUCAUGAUAGUGUUGAUAAAAUUUUGCCAAAAAGGAAAUUCACAGAACAAGCUAAUGGUCGGGAUGAUGUACCAUUGAAGGCAUCUAAACUCUCUCCUCCUCCUCCUCUUCCUGAUGAUGUUGCUGUUAAAGAAGAGGUUGGUGUCAGUUCUUCCUCCAGUGCUCCUCUUGAUGUCCUCCUGAUGCCUCCUCCUCACUUACCCCCUCCCUCUUCAACUCUCUUGUCUUCAGUGAAGAAACAACCUCUCACUACAAGCCAAUCUCAAACUGAUGCAGUAAAAGGAGCUCAUCCUCAAUCUCUUAUUCCUGUUCCCAUACCACCACAGUCUGGAACCAAUCCUCUCUCGGUCCUUAAAAAUACUUUAACUGCCACUAGUGCUCCUCCAGUACAGGCUGCUCCUUCUGUAGAUUCUUCUUCUUCUGCUGUUAAAUCAGCUCCCAGUGGUUCUGCUCCAGUCAUUGCUACCUCUGCAUUCUCCCUGGUCAGUUAUGAUUCUGAAGAUUCUGAUUCUGAAACUGCUUGAGAUAGAAACAACAUGAGAAUGAGGAGACUAUCAUGAAUUAUAUCUGCAUGAUCAUGAUAAUGUGAAUUUUCCUUUUAAAAUUACUUUUGUAUUAAUUUUAAUUAAUAGUAAUUAUCAUUCUUUUAUUCAUAAA